ACAAAAUCAGAUUUUUGUCUCUGACCAAUAGUUCUGUAUUAUCGACUACUCCUGAUUUGUCUAUUAGGAUUAAAGCAAAUAAAGCUGACCGAACAUUACAUAUUUUGGAUACAGGAAUCGGUAUGACAAAAGACGAGUUGAUAAAAAAUUUGGGGACUAUUGCAAAAUCUGGAACUUCUGAGUUUCUUUCUAAGAUAUCUUCUAGCGGCUCAACUGAUACUGGAGAUCUGAUUGGCCAGUUCGGAGUUGGAUUCUAUUCAUCGUUCCUAGUGGCUGACAAGGUCACUGUUAUUUCAAAGAGCAACAAUGAUGAUCAAUAUGUUUGGGAAUCCGAUGCCAGCUCUUAUUCUAUUAACAAAGACCCUAGGAGUGAUAGCCUAAAACGAGGCACAGAAUUGAUUUUGCAUUUAAAAGAGGAAGCUGAGGAUUAUUUAGAUCAUGAUUCAUUGAUAAGACUUGUCAGAAAAUACAGUCAAUUCAUCAACUUUCCUAUAUAUGUGUGGUCUAGUUCCACAAAGACUGUCCAAGAGCCGGCCCCACCCGAGGAGAAGUCUGGCGAUUCACAAAAAGAUGAUGAUGCUAAGGUUGAAGAGGAGAAAAAACCAGAGUUAAAGACUAUUGAGAAAACAGUUUGGGACUGGAGUCUUAUGAACGAGAACAAGCCCAUCUGGAUGCGCAAGAUUCAAGAUGUUACUGAAGAAGAGUACUACAACUUUUUCAAGGCGUUUACUAAGGAGACGGAAAAUCCAUUAGGCAAAGUUCAUUUCUCUGCUGAAGGAGAGGUUAGUUUCCAGUCCAUCCUUUACAUCCCCGCUCGGGCACCGCAUGAUAUGUACAGUCGCAAUUUAGACACUGGAAAAGAUAAUAUAAAGCUUUAUGUCCGUCGUGUCUUUAUCACUGAUACUUUCGACGAUCUUAUGCCAAAAUAUUUCAAUUUCAUCAAAGGAAUUGUCGAUAGUGAUGAUCUACCUCUCAAUGUUUCUCGAGAAAAUCUUCAACAGAGCAAACUUCUCAAAAUAAUAAAGAAGAAACUUAUUCGUAAAGUUAUCGAGAUGAUAAGCAAAUUGUCUGAAUCCCUCUACGAUAUAUUUUGGACUGAGUUUGGGAUUAGUAUUAAGUUGGGAACGAUUGAAGAUUCUUCGAAUCGUGGUCGAAUGGCUAAACUACUCCGGUUUAAAUCAUCUCAUAAUGAGACGGGUUUUGUUUCUCUUGCCGAUUACGUCGCUCGAAUGCCAGUAUCUCAAAAGGCGAUUUAUUAUAUCACUGCCUCAGAUGUUCAUGAAGCAAAAACUUCUCCAUUUGUAGAAAGACUUUUGAAAAGGGGGUAUGAGAUUCUUUACCUGGUUGAUCCUAUCGAUGAAUAUCUUUCCCAAUCCUUAACUGAAUUUGAGAGUAAGAAACUACAAAAUAUUGCCAAGGAAGGUGUUGAAAUCGAUCAAAGUGAUAAACACAAAGAGCAAAAAGAAGCGCAAGUUAAGGAGUUCGAGGUAUUGCUGACUUGGCUAAAAACGGAAGCCUUAAAGGAUAAGAUUGAGAAAGCUGCUCUCUCCAAUCUUCUAGCUGAUAGUCCCUGUGCUUUGGUUGCAAGCAGUUAUGGUUGGUCUGGCAACAUGGAACGUAUAAUGCGCUCUCAAGCUUUUCAAAAGUCGAGCGAUGCCUCUACGAACUUUUAUGCCAGCCAGAAAAAAACACUUGACAUUAAUCCACGCCACCCUCUUAUCAAAGAUUUGAAAAAUCGUGUCUCGGAGGGUCAUGCAGAUGAACGAGCUUUCGAGACCGCCUUACUUCUUUUUGACCUGGCUGCUCUGCGUUCUGGUUAUGGACUGAAUGAUUCGGUUGCCUUUGCCGAACGCAUUGAGCAAGUAAUGCGAAAGAAUCUCGAUGUAGAUCUCUUUGAAAAGGCAGAAGAGGAAUAUGAUGAUCAGCCCAUCGUUGGAGCUACUGGUAGUGCGGCGGAGGAUUUCAAGACCGAUCUUGACGAGGAAUCCGAGGAGGUAGCCAAACGUCCGAUUGUCGAAGAAAAUAUCAGAGAAAGUGAAUCCACCAAAAAGGACGAAUUAUAG